AGUCCUUAUUUUUAUGAUAAUGUUACAAUUAUUUGUGCGACAUUAGUGUAAAAAAAUAGAAGCGAAACUUUCUUUAUGUUUAUUAUUAGUUUAACACAAUCAAGUGGAGUGUAGUGGAUCGAAAAUAGAAGAACCAAACUAAUGUAACAGAAGUCUACAUAUACAGUCAGACGAUUUUUCAUAAUGGAGGAAGUUAAAUCGAAUAUACCGCUGAAGAAAACUUCCCCGCGAGAUAGAGCUAAUGUUAUGUCAACUUUAUUUUUUUGCUGGUUAUUACCUUAUUUCGUGAAAGGUUAUAAACGAGAACUCACUGAAGAUGAUAUGUAUCAAAAUAGAAAACAGCAUGAGUCUAGCGCUCUUGGUGACAAUUUGGAAAGAAGAUGGAACGAACACAUCGCAAAAAAUAAAAACCCUUCUUACGUUAAGGUACUAAUGGGAACUUUCAUUUCUGAAAUUAUCAUAUUGAAUGUGUUUGCUUUCAUAACAGAAGCUAUCAAAAUGGGUCAGCCAUUUUUGAUAUCUCAACUUUUACUUGUAUAUGAAACAACUGGAACCGAUGAAGGCAAAAAUGAUAUUUAUUUUUACGCUGGAUUGAUAGUUAUCACGUCGUUUUUGAAUGUUAUCCUAGUGCACAGAUUCAAUUUGGCAAUGAUGCAAGUUGGUAUGAAAAUGAGAAUAUCAUCGUGUUCUCUUAUCUACAGGAAAUCAUUGAAACUAAGUAAAUCAGCUUUGGCAGAAACUACUAUAGGUCAGAUGGUGAAUUUAUUAUCAAAUGAUGUUGGUAGAUUCGAUCAAGCCGUACAUCAUCUCCAUCAUUUUUACAUGGCACCGUUAGAAACGUUAAUAGUUAUGGUUUUAUUGUAUUACAAUGUUGGAUGGACAGCUUUGUUUGGAGCCGUUUUCCUAUUACUAUCUAUACCAUUUCAAUCAUGGCUUGGAAAGAAAACUUCUCAAUAUAGAUUACAAACAGCUUUAAGAACAGAUGAAAGAGUGAGAUUAAUGAACGAAAUUAUAUCAGGCAUUCAAGUAAUUAAAAUGUACACUUGGGAAUAUCCUUUCGCCAAAUUAGUUGAGAGUGUCAGAUUGAAGGAGAUGAAGUACAUCAGAUCCACAUCAGUAAUAAGAGCCAUCUUAAUGUCAAUGGAUCUAAUUUUGAAUAGAGCAGCAGUCGCAAUAUGUAUAAUUACUUACGCCUUAACACAGGACGCUCUAACUGCAUCGUAUGCUUAUGCUGUCACCUCAUAUUAUAGGCUUCUUGGUUCCCUCACAUUUUUCUUUCCCCAAGCAGUGUCUCAAGGAUCGGAAAUGUAUAUUUCUAUGAAGAGAAUCCAAAAAUUUCUGUUAUUCGAUGAAAUUCAUGGCGAGGAUAAAGCGGUACCGAAAAACUGGUCCAAUGGGAAUUACAAACCGAAUUUUGAAUUACAAUCGAAAGUUUCCGGAGUAAAUGUUCAAAUCAAAAAUGGUUCUGCUAAAUGGUUAAAAUCACGCCCGGAGAAUAAUUUGGAAGAUAUUGAUUUUAAUGUAAACGCAGGUAAAGUUGUGGCUGUUGUCGGGGCAGUAGGUAGUGGAAAAACAACGUUGUUACACGUUAUAAUGAAAGAGUUGGAGCUUGAAAGCGGAUCCAUCGCUGUACACGGUACAAUUUCUUACGCAUCUCAGGAGCCUUGGUUAUUUGGAGGCAGUAUACGACAAAAUAUUUUAUUCGGGCAAGAAUUCGAUCAACAAAAGUACGAUGAAGUCGUACGUGUAUGCGCUUUACAAAGAGAUUUCACACUUUUUCCUCACGGGGAUAGAACGUUAGCUGGUGAAAGAGGAGUGACUCUGAGCGGAGGUCAAAGAGCUAGGAUUAAUUUAGCUAGAGCUGUUUAUAAAGACGCUGAUAUAUAUUUACUAGACGAUCCGCUUUCUGCUGUAGAUACUCAUGUUGGUAAGCAGCUCUUCGAUGAAUGUAUUUGUAGUUAUUUAGCUAAAAAAUGCGUUAUAUUGGUAACUCAUCAACUUCAGUAUCUUAAAAAUAUUGAAAGAAUUUACUUGAUUAGGAACGGUCGGAUUGAAGUUUCUGGUUCUUAUGCGGAUUUGAAGAAUUCGAAUACAGAAUAUAGUAAACUGUUAGCAGAUUUAGAAGAAGAAGAAGAGGAAGUGAGAAGGAAAUCUAGAAUGAUUGCGAAUAAAGAAGAUAAACCCGAAGAAGAGGAGUUACAAACGUUACGAAGAGAAGAUAAAGGAAUUGGUACUAUUUCUGCUAGGGUGUAUUUGAAAUAUGCUAAAGCUGGAGGAAAUAUCAUCAAAGUUUUUCUUUUAUUAUUAGCAUUUUGUCUUACUCAGAUUCUAGAGAUUGCCACGGAAUAUUUUGUCACUUUUUGGGUAAACAUUCAGCAAUGGAUAACAGAAAAUUUAUUGUCUUCUACUGAACCAUUGGAAGUGUCGAAUAUCACAAAUUUCUCUGAACUACCACCUACUUCAAAUUCAGAUAAUCCAUUUAAUUGGUGGUUAACACCCGUUUUUACAAGUACCAAUACUGCCACUUAUUACGCUAUAGUUAAUAUAAUGGCAAUUGUUGUUGUACUUAUAAGAUCACUAUUCUUUUACUCAUGGUGUUUAACUGCAUCGACACGAUUACAUAAUAAGAUGUUUGUUAAUAUAGUCUACAGUCCAAUGAGAUUCUUCAACAUAAACCCCUCUGGAAGGAUAUUGAAUAGAUUUUCUAAGGAUAUCGGUUCGCUCGAUGAAGUUUUACCAAUGACGUUGUUAGAUACCGUUCAAAUUGGAUUAUCAGUAGCUGGAAUCGGUUUGGUAAUAUCCAGUCUGUCAUACUGGAUCAUGAUACCUACAAUAACCAUUGCUGUUAUAUUCUAUGUUUUGAGGGUAAUAUUCUUAGAGACGAGUCGAGAUGUUAAGAGAGUGGAAUCGAUUACUCGCAGUCCGAUUUACACACAUUUAUCAGCAUCUCUUCAAGGAUUGACUACUAUAAGAGCUUUUAAGGCCGAAGAAAUAUUAAAAACCGAAUUCGAUCGCUAUCAAAAUUUACACAGCGCUGCUUUCUUCAUGUACCUAGGAGCUAAUAGAACAUUUGGAUUUUGGUUGGACUUUAUUUGUGUUAUAUACAUUGCACUGGUUAUUGUGGCAUUGCUGUUUAUUAAAAGCGAACAGUUUGCCGGAAAUAUGGGUCUCGCUUUAACUCAAGCAAUGACGUUAACUGGUACUUUUCAAUGGGGCAUGCGUCAAUGGAGUGAAUUAGAAAACCAAAUGACGUCAGUUGAAAGAGUUCAAGAAUAUGCGGAUUUGAAACAAGAAGAAGAAGAAGAGGAACAGAUGAAGAAACCCCAAAAGAAUUGGCCCGAGGAAGGAAAAGUUGAAUUUAUUGAUAUGUCUUUACACUAUUCACGUGACGACCCACCGGUAUUGAAAAAUUUAAGUUUUAAAAUACAGCCAACGGAAAAAGUGGGUAUAGUAGGAAGAACUGGUGCUGGAAAAUCAUCUUUAAUUCAAGCUCUUUUCCGAUUAGCGGAAAUUGAUGGUCAAAUCUUGAUCGAUGAUGUCGAUGCGAAAAGCAUAUCUUUGAAAGAUCUCAGAUCCAAUAUUUCUAUAAUUCCUCAAGAGCCUGUUUUGUUUUCUGGUACAUUACGGAACAAUUUAGAUCCAUUUGACGAAUAUAAAGAUGAGGUCCUUUGGAACGCUUUGGAAGAAGUAGAAUUAAAACGUGCAGUAGAUGAGUUGCCAGCAGGUUUAGAUAGUAAAAUGGCGGAAGGUGGUUCAAAUUUCAGUGUAGGACAGAGACAACUCGUAUGUUUGGCUAGAGCUAUUAUUCGAAAUAAUAAAGUUCUAGUCUUGGACGAAGCUACAGCGAAUGUUGAUCCUUACACAGAUGGUUUGAUUCAAACGACCAUUAGAAAGAAAUUCGACAACUGUACAGUUUUAACUAUCGCUCAUAGGCUACACACCAUUAUGGAUUCCGAUAAAGUGUUGGUUAUGGAUGCCGGAAGAGUAGCGGAAUUCGAUCAUCCUCAUACACUUCUACAAAAUGAAAACGGAAUUUUCUAUUCACUAGUUAUGCAAACCGGGAAAACCACAGCGAAGAAUUUGAUGGAAAUAGCCAAGGAGAGUAAAAUAAUGAAAGAUAAACAAACUUGAAAUUGAAAUUAAUUUAAAAGUCUAAUCGAAUAUUUUGUGAGUGGAUUUCAAUUAAAUUAUUUUCAAGG